AUGCGGCCAUCUGUAGAACUAGCCUGGUCCCCUGGCUCAUCCUUGCCAAGGCAGGAGAGCCAGGUGGAUUAUAAUCUAUGCUGUCCCCUGAUUGGUCAUAACAAUCGCAGUAAAUCUCCACCUGGCCCUAGUGACGCGGAGUACACGAAGCAAAACAGGGACAGGAAACUAGGCUACUGUAGAACGUGUUGUCAAACUCUUGACCAAAAAUCACGAAGAACGAUAUUUUCUACCACAUUUGAGGUCUUCCAACAGCUGUAUGAGGUGUUGGGUUAUAUUCCACACGAAAAUGACGGAUCGUCUUUAGUAUGUUCCUCGUCUAAGUAUGUUUGUUAUCGCUGUUAUGCUAAGUUGAAGAGAUUAUAUAAAAUUGACUACGACUUGUUACACAAGUUGGAUGAACUAAGAAAGGAAAGAAUUGAGUUGAUAAAAUCUCUGCGUGAAAAUCUUACUUUGGACAAUGUAGAGUUAACUAGCGUAGGUGUGAAUGUGAGUGCAAGUUUCACUACCCCUGCAGAGUUAGGAACAAGCAAAGAUGUAUUUAGUGAAGAAGAUGGAUCAAAGAGAAGUAGACCUUUAAUACAUUCUCCAACUCCACGGAAAGUAAAGAGGUGUAAGCCAGGUUUGACAAAGACUCCAGAGAAACUUCGACAACCAUGUAUAAAACUGUUUACACCCAGUAAAAUUAAGGUGUUGUUCAACACUGGAAAACAGAUCAAGUGUAGAAUUGUAAAGGAUGCUGAACUUAGACAAGUGAUCAAAGCCAUUUCCAGGGGACAACCCAAAAGACGCAUAGCAAAGUUUGCAUACAAUUCUUCACUUAAAGAGGAGCUAGCAAAGUUUGUUAUUCAUGACAUUGAAAAAGAUAUUACAGAGCUUACCUCAAAGAAAUCCAAUUGUUGUCUAAGGAGUACAGAAUGUGACAAUUUAUCAAGUUUCAAAUUUGAGAAAUUGCUUUUUGAAGUGCAGUUAUAUGCUCCUCUGUUACAUAAGACACUAUCGCAUACUCUCAAAGAUUCUGUUGGAGUCGCAGUUACAACAGCCAUAAUUGCAAGAAACAGGAAUAUGCACAUGUCUGCACUUCAUCAUAUUAUUGCGCAAAUUUUGGAUCACAGCGGAGCAACAGAUGAGUGUAUUUCCUUGUUCCAAAAGUUGGGACUAAGUGUGUCCUCCUCAGCAGCAGCAAAGAAGAAGGUGGAUCUGGCAGAAUACCAGAAUGAACACAUCAACUCUACAGUUAUCAAUGAAAAGAGAGAACUUGAAACUUCAGGUAUGGGUGAUGCGAAAUCCUCAGAUAUAAUUGGGGAUAAUUUUGAUAUUACCAAAAGCCCUUCAAAUAUGAGUAAGGAAAAGGAAAGGAAGAGUCUGCAUUGGUUUCUGUUAAUAGGUCUGCAAAAACGAAUUGUUGACAACAGUUUAAGCAAUCAACUGCCUUCUGUAUCAAUCACUGAAAUAAACAAUGAUGUAUUUAUUCCAACACGUUCAGAUUGUGAGUUUUUAGAAGAGAACUGUUUGUUUCACAUGAUGAAAACUAUUGUUAAGUAUGUAGGGUGUUUCAAAAAAUAUGCCCCAUUCAUACCAACGGUAAUUAACCACCCUCAUCUGAAUGAAAUGUCCAUGAAGUCUGACUUUGUGGUUCUUGAUUUGUUGGACAAAAGUGAAAAUAAAAGUGAGGACAUGAUAUCAAUACUAGAACACAUCCACAUGAAGUAUAUUGCCCACACUUCUGACGAGAAUCCAAAGGUAAUUAAGAAGAAAGUGUUUGGUGGAGAUGUCUUAACAAAUGAAAGAGCUUAUAGUGCUCAAUUAGCAAUGCUGAAUGGGACCCCAGAUGCUUUACCUAUCUUGUUAUUUGAUUUAUUUCAUAAAGAGGAAUUCUACAAUAUAAACUUCUUGUACAGAGGUUGA